AUGGUUCAUGACACUGGGAAUCAAGGUAACUUUACGUCUUUCACAACGGCAAAUUUCGGAGCGUAUUAUUGUUCAGCUCGUUGUUAUGCCAACCUGUUACUGUUCGUACAGCCUCUUGAACGAUGCUUUCGUGCACAAGUUACAUGUUAUCCUUGUGACUGUAUCAAGCCUCAAUGUGAAAUUUAUGGAACCUGCUGCCCAGUCAUGAGUUCCCUGGAAGAAAGAAUAGCAGACAUAUCUGCAUGGCAAAUAUGGUCAGCGCCGCCAUAUCAUAAUCAUGUGCAUAAGACGUUGCCUAGAAACGAGACUCAGCAUAGAAACAAGACCCAGCCUAGAAAACAUCCCCAAAGUCCCCAUACACAAAGUUUCCAAGAAGCUCCAGGUAAGCGACAGGUUCAGAAGCCGCCCAAACAUACUAGAAUGGGGUGCGACGAUCGUUCUCUUCAAGGUUUCAGUUUCCUGUACCUUCGGUCAUGCCCCUUGAGCUUCACUGAUCAGCACAUAAGGAGACUGUGUGAGGAGGACCUUGCAGAACAUGAGCAGUCACCCACAGCUUGGACGAUGUCGGUCAAAUGUGAGAACUACCUUCGUGUGUACAGCGCCACAACUAAAGACGAGCUCAUCCAACUUAGCUUUCGCCAGGACUCCUUAUGCUCCAUCCGUCAGCAAUUUCCAGCAGAGCUAGUUCCCCACAAGUGCGACAGCCAGUGGCACGGCGAGGUCCUGGAAUCCUGCAAUGAGACAGGGCAGUGGUCAGCAGCUAACCCCGACAUCGCUGCUCAAUGCGAGAACAUGUCGGACAUCUCCCAGAGAGUACGUGUUUACCAAGAAAACACUACCUUCCGCUAUUACAAAAAUAUUUUCUGUGCUAUUUGUAAUUCCGAUUCUAAUUUCCUUGACGAUUAUCUUUGCAACCUUCAGCAUGAAUUUCGAGGUUGUUGCUAUAGGGCAUCGACUUCUGAUUUGGUCACUGUAUACCCUGGUCCUCCGGAAAGGAAAAUGGUUCUUCCAUUUUCAUUACUGCUUGGCUCUCUUCAUGGCAAACAUAAACCACCGUUAGAGUCUGGAAAAAAGUUUAAAGACUGUCAUGUCACUGAGUGGUCUAGUCCAGACGGCACAUGUCUCCCCUUGCAAUGCACGCGUGGAAAAUUUUUUGAGGGUGGAAACUGUACAACAGCUAUACAAGAUAUCAAUGGUCUUGGGUAUAGAGCAAGAGUUGUGUAUCUGCCAAAAGACAUUAAAUAUAUUAACUUGAGUCAAAUAAACUCCACUGAAAUGUUAAAUUCGUUCAUGACAUAUUUGCAAGAACAACACAUCUUCAGCCCAGAUAUCUCAGAGACAGAAAUUACGGCAUAUUUUAUUUGGGAAGAAAUGAUCUCGCUAGACACAAACACUGGACGUUCACCUAUAACCUCUGAUAGGAUCUUUAACAAUAAAAUCCGUAAUGUAACACAACAAUUGUCCACUGAUCAUUCGCGAUUUUUCUUUUACGUCGACACGUAUAUUAUUGCAAAUAAGUCCCUUACUAGAGAUCUUUUUGAGGCAGCAUAUCUUAGGACUUUUCUUGCGAACACGUCUGAAAUACAGAUUACAGAAAACCUGACAGUCAUGAUGGCACCAAAGAUUUUACCGCAGCUGCGCGAUUUAUCAGGAAAUUCGUGUCUUUUUUCUGAAGAAAAAUCAGACAUGCAGACGACGGCAAAUGCAUUAAUGUCUAUCAAAACAAUGUUAAAUAACACGAUGUGGAAUUACAAAGAGGAGUUUAUAUUUUCUUCACUAGUUCUCACCUGCGUGCAUGUUUCAUUUAACAAAUCCUAUUAUAACAUUUCUGUUAACUGUAGUGAUUUUCCUCCAACCUGGCAAAUCAAAUUAAAGUUGGGUGAAAUAGUACUAACUUUUUCUGACUUGUCGGACACAAACAGACUGGCUGUAGAAGACGAUAAUCGAAACAGUGAAGGCCGCAUCUUUGUGUGCCAGGAUCUGCUGGAAGAGACAAUCCUAAAACUGAAGGACAACUCAUAUAAUUCUUAUAAAAGCGAGAUCGAGCUAUGGCUCUACUAUCUGACUCAUAUCUGUAUAGGACUGUCUCUGUUAACUCUGCUUAUUACACUGGUUGUGUAUUUGCUUUGUGUAUCCUUACGCAAUGAAGCAGGAAUUAAUAACAUGUUUCUGUCCGGAACUCUGUUUCUUGCUCAAGCUUCCCUGUUGGCAAGUUCCCAUGUAGAAGGUCCGAAUUCACUUUGCAUUAUCGUAGGAAUCAGCACGCAUUUCUUGUGGCUCAGUAUGAUCACGUGGAGCUUCAUCUGUUGCUUCCACAUGUUUCGGGUUUUUACCACCAAGACAGGAAUCUCCAAAUGCACGAGUACUUCUCAGAGAAACAAGCGCAUAAAGAAAGCCAUCAUUGGCGUCAUUGUGCCAGCUCUGAUAGUGGUGCUAGUUGUCAUUAGUACGUACUUCACAUCUGCAGGACAGAGAAUCGGGUACACAGACACCUAUCCUUGUUACCUGGACUCCAGUUUGUUAGCCAUAGUAUCCCUAGUAACGCCUCUUGGGGCGGUGACACUUGCCAACAUAUACUUCUUUGCUUCUACUGUUCAGCAAAUACAAAAAGUAAAGAAAUUGCAAGCUCACCAAGAUUUUAACCAGAAGGAGAGUCAAAAUUUCAUCAUUUACAUCAAGUUAUCGUCUCUGACUGGAGCCUUUUGGACCAUGGCUAUCGUCUCCGAAUACACUGACAAUGAUCCUCUAAGAUUCAUCGCCAUUAUUCUCAACGGGCUUCAGGGUGUAUUCCUGUUUCUUUCAUUCGUCUGCACAAAACGUGUGACCAAGCUUUUCUUUCAAAUUCUGCAGCAAGAAAACUGUAGUCCAAUUACAAAUAUUUCCAAAAGUACAAAGGAGUCCAAAGACAAAACAUUAGAAAAGUCUUCUACCAUGUGA